AUGGCGACCCUCGUUGAGGCCUAUCUGGAACGGCUCGGGCUUCCUGCAGCAUGCCUGGCCGACGGCCCAACGCUACCCCUCCUCGAGACGCUAGUGGAAGCGCACCUCGCGACGCUGCCCUUCUCCAACCUGUCACAGCACCUUGCCGGCGGCGACGCGGCGCCCUCCCUCUCGCCCUCCAGACUUCAGGAGAAGCUUCUCGCGCGGCGGCAUGGCGGCAACUGCUUCGAGCUGAAUGGCCUAUUCGCGCUGCUGCUGCGCGACAUCGGCCUCGAGACGCUCCUGCUGCAGUGCCGCGUCUGGACGGGGCGGGAGCGAGGCAAUCGCGGCAAGCCCGGCUACCGCCGGCACCCCACCCACCUUCUCCUCCUCGGCAACGCGCGCUUCCUCGUCGACGUCGGCUUUGGCGAGCCGCCGCUGGGGCCGCUGCGCUACUCGGUCGGGGAGGGGAGCGAGCAGGUGACGGCGGAGGGCAUGCGCAGCCGCAUGGUGCAGCUCGGCGACGGCAUGGUCCAGCUUGAGAGCUGGCGCGACGCGGGGCGCGACCCGUGGCACGUGCGCGCGUCGCCGUCGCCGGCCACCGAGGCGGGCUGGGUGCCGCGGCUGAGCUGGGCGGAGGCGGACGUCGAGCUGUUUGGCGCGGCGGCGGCGCCGUGCCUCGCGGACUUUGCGGCCGCGCAGGAGCGCUGCCUGGCGGAGGGGAGCACGCUGCGUCAGAAGCUGGUCGUCUGCCGCCUCUUGCGCGAGGAGAAGGUGACGGUGGCGGGGACGCAGCUCCGAAUCACCUCGCCGCGCUUCAAGAGGGGCGGCCGCGUGCCGACGCAGCGAGUGGCCGAGCUGGGGUGCACGGAGGGGGUUCGCGCGGCGCUGCUCGAGCACUACUGCAUCCCGCGCGAGGAGACCAGCGCGCUGCAGCUCGACGCGAGCGUCGCCGCGCCGGGGGCGUGGUGGAGGCACUUGUAG